UGCGAAGGAGAUGGUUAUACGGAAGAAUUAAAUCAGUUUGUUCAAAUUUUUCCUUCAUAGCAAGCGGAGAGUAAUUUUUGCACCGUUUCUACCUUUAUGCCGUAUUCGCGUGCAUGGAAAGAUGCGUCCAUCGAGCAAGUGGAGCUCUGUGCGGAUGCAUUUGUUCUUCUUGCUGCUGGAGUGUUUCUGGGAAGCCGUGUGCGGCCAGCUCUCUUACUCGGUGGCGGAGGAGGUGAAUGUCGGAACCUUUGUGGGAAAUAUUGCGAAGGAUUUAAACCUAAACGUGCAGGAUUUGGAAUCCCGCAUGUUUCAGAUCGUUGCGGGAAGCAAGAGGAAAUACUUUGAGGUAAACCUGAAGACUGGUGUCCUCUAUGUGAAUGAGAGAAUAGAUCGAGAGGAACUGUGCCGAGAUGAAGCCAAAUGUUCACUCAGUGUAGAAGCCGUCAUGAGCAAUCCGUUAAAACUGUACCGUUUUGAAAUUAUUGUCUUGGACGUAAACGAUAAUUAUCCAUCAUUCUUUAGUGAAUCACAGGUGUUAAAUAUUCCAGAAAACACAGAACUGAGCACAAAAUUUCCCCUGCGUGCAGCUCAUGACGCAGACGUUGGCAAAAAUACAAUAAAUUCAUACAAGCUAAGUCCAAAUGAUCAUUUCUCUCUUGAGGCCCAUAAAGGAGGAAGUGUGACACCAGAUUUGGUGCUCCAGAGGCUUUUAGACCGAGAAAAGCAGGCCAUGAUCACACUCACAUUGACUGCUAUUGAUGGAGGAACACCACCGAAAUCAGGCACAAUGACUAUUGUUGUGAAUGUGCUGGAUGUAAACGAUAACCCACCUAUAUUCUGCCAAAAUCUUUACAAAGCUAGUGUUUAUGAAAAUGUUGAGAUUGGUACAUCUAUAAUAAGGUUAAAUGCAACUGAUUUAGAUGCAGGAGAAAAUGGACAAGUGUUCUAUUCUUUCAUUGAAGCAGACAGAGGGAAUCAGAACGCAAUGUUUGCUAUUGGCAAAACAAGUGGGACUGUUACCAACAUACAGAAUUUCAAUUUUGAAGAGAGGAGCAAUUUUGAGGUUCGAGUACAAGCCAGUGAUGGGGCUGUUUUUCCCAAAACUUCUCAUACCAAAUUAUUAAUUGAGGUUUUAGAUGUCAAUGACAAUGCCCCUGAAAUAUCAGUCACAUCACUGUUGCACACAGUAAAAGAAGAUGCUGCAGUUGGCACUGCUGUUGCUCUUGUUUCAAUAUUAGAUAAAGAUGGAGGGAAAAAUGGUCUCGUGCACAGUAAAAUUAAUAAUGAUGUGCCUUUUAAACUUGAGUCAAAUUAUAAGAAUUAUUAUUCUUUGGUUGUUGCUGGUCCUCUUGACAGAGAGCGCAUACCUGUGUACAAUAUCAGCAUUUCUGCAACCGAUGAAGGCAUUCCACCUCUGUCCAGCACCAGUAUUGUUAAUGUGCGCAUCUCAGAUGUUAAUGACAACAAGCCUCACUUCUCAGAGCCCCUCAUUAAUGUUUACAUCAAAGAAAAUAGUCCACCAGGUGCAGUUCUACAUAGACUGACUGCAGUGGAUGAUGACAUUGAUCAAAAUGGGCAUGUGAUGUACUCCUUUGUGCAAAGUAGCACAGACCCGCUACCAAUAACGACAAUGAUAAAUGUUAACUCAGAAAGUGGAGAUGUAGCUGUUCUUCAGUCUUUUGACUAUGAGAGGGUAAAGAUGUUUCAAUUCAAAGUUCAGGCCACAGACUCUGGCGUUCCUCCGCUCAGCAGCAACGUCACCGUAAACGUUUUUAUCCUGGAUGAGAAUGACAACAGCCCAGCCAUUUUGGCUCCCUAUUCCGAGCACGGCUCCGUAAACAGUGAGAGCAUCCCCUAUUCUGCUGAAGCGGGAUACUUUGUGGCAAAGAUCAGGGCAGUGGAUGCAGACUCUGGCUACAAUGCACUGCUCUCCUAUCACCUGUCUGAGCCCAAAGGCAACAACAACCUCUUCAGGAUCGGAACCAGCACCGGGGAGAUUCGGACCAAGAGGCGAAUGAGUGACAAUGACCUGAAAAGCCACCCCUUGGUGGUGUCAGUCUGUGACAACGGAGAAGCCUCCCAGUCAGCGACUGUGUCGAUUGAUGUGGUGGUUCUUGAAAGCACAGCUGACACCCACACUCCGUUCAGACAUGUGCCCAGCAAG